AUGGUCAAUUAUCUGUACAGCUGGGAACCACAACCACCAGCAUGCUGUGUGGGCAAUGGGCAGAGAGCAGAUGGCUACAUCGCUGGGAACCAUGGUCACCCACAUGCAGCAGAUAACGAAUGGUGGAUGGAAGGCUACCUCGCUGGGAACCAUGGUCACCCACAUGCAACAGAUAACGAAUGGUGGAUGGAAGGCUACCUCGCUGGGAACCAGGACCAUGACUUAUUAUGGGAAAUCGGUGGCGAACGGAUGGCUACCUCGCCGGGUACCUCAACUCCUAGGCACUUGGCCAACUGGUGCAUGGACGUGAUGACUUUGUGGCGUUUAUGGACCAAUCAACUUGUAAUCAUGGAUCUUAUGUGUCUUCUAGACCAUUUGUUGUUUUGUUAUUUCGGAGCUUGCAUUUUGUGCAUGUGGAUACAGACUUGUAUGUUCUGGACCAUCUAG